CAGGUACAUUAGCUAAGAGGCCAAAAUGUUGAGGGGGGAAAAUGACUGUAAAACAAUCUGAGACUGCUCAAAUGUGUACCUGCUAAGAAGUUUUACCUGACACUUACUGACCUCUUGAACUCUUGUGGAUUUACACAACAGAUUGAGACAGAAGGAACGAAAGACAUAGACAAGUAAUAGGAAAAGACCUAGCAGAGCAAAAUGUGGAUUCUUGAGUCACUGUGAGGACCUUCACAUGACUUCUAAUGUCGAAAUUCUAAACCAGAAACAUGGUCAUUCUGCAACAGGGAGACUAUGUCUGGUUGGACCUAAGAACGGGCCAUGAGUUUGAUGUCCCUGUUGGUGCCGUGGUCAAACUCUGUGACUCGGGUCAAAUCCAGGUUCUUGAUGAUAAAGGAAAGGAGCAUAGGAUCUCUCUUCAGAAUGCUACAAACAUUAAGCCUAUGCACCCAACCUCUAUUCAUGGCGUGGAGGACAUGAUCCGUCUUGGAGACCUAAAUGAGGCUGGAAUCCUCAGAAAUCUGUUGAUCCGGUACAAUGACAGGGUUAUAUAUACAUACACUGGAUCCAUCCUGGUAGCAGUGAAUCCGUAUCAGCUCCUGCCCAUCUACACACCUGACCAGAUCCGGCUCUACACGAACAAAAAGUUAAGAGAAAUGCCCCCCCAUAUUUUUGGCAUUGCGGAUAACUGCUAUUUCAAUAUGCAAAGAAACAGCAAGGACCAGUGCUGUAUCAUCAGUGGUGAAUCUGGAGCUGGAAAGACCGAAAGCACCAAGCUAAUCUUACAGUUCCUGGCGGCUAUAAGUGGCCAACACUCUUGGAUUGAGCAGCAAAUUCUGGAGGCCAAUCCUAUUUUAGAAGCGUUCGGUAAUGCUAAGACCAUACGCAAUGAAAAUUCCAGCCGAUUUGGGAAAUACAUUGAUAUUCACUUCAACAAGCGGGGAGCUAUCGAGGGGGCAAAGAUCGAGCAGUAUCUGCUGGAGAAAUCUAGAGUUUGCAGACAGGCACCUGAAGAGAGGAACUACCACAUUUUCUACUGCAUGUUUGCAGGCAUGAGCCCUGAUCAGAAGACUAAAUUAGGUCUCGGUCUGGCUACAGACUACAUAUAUCUAACUAUGGGUAACUGUACAGUAUGUGAAGGGAGGAAUGAUAUGAAGGAAUAUUCCAGCAUCCUGUCUGCCAUGAAGGUCCUGAUGUUUACUGACAUUGAAAACUGGGAGAUCUCCAAACUGCUGGCUGCCAUCCUGCACAUGGGCAAUCUACGCUAUGAAGCUCGAACCCUUCAGAAUCUGGAUACCUGUGUAGUGGUGCGCUCACCUGACCUGGCCAAAGCAGCAACACUACUGAAGGUGGAUCCUCAAGACGUCAUGACAUGCCUGACCACACGCACACUUAUCACCAGGGGCGAGAGUGUGUCCACCCCUCUGAGUGCGGAGCAGGGUCUGGACGUCCGUGAUGCAUUUGUCAAAGGAAUCUACGGGAGGUUGUUUGUGUGGAUAGUGGAUAAAAUCAAUGCCGCCAUCUAUAGGGCUUCUUCUUCUGAAAACAAAGCUUGCCGCAGGUCUAUCGGCCUCCUUGACAUAUUUGGCUUUGAGAAUUUCACUGUUAAUAGUUUCGAGCAGCUGUGCAUCAACUUUGCGAACGAGAACCUGCAGCAGUUCUUCAUUCGACAUGUUUUCAAGUUGGAGCAGGAGGAGUACAACCUGGAGGAUGUCAACUGGCAGCACAUCGAGUUCACCGACAACCAGGAUGCCUUGGACAUGAUUGCCAUGAAACCUAUGAAUAUCAUUUCCCUGAUUGAUGAAGAGAGCAAGUUUCCAAAAGGAACAGAUGCUACAAUGCUGAACAAGUUAAACUCCCAGCACAAACUAAAUACCAACUACAUCCCUCCUAAGCACAGUCACGAGACAAAGUUUGGCAUUCAGCACUUUGCUGGAGUGGUGCACUAUGAAACUAAAGGUUUCCUGGAAAAAAACAGGGACAGCCUACACAGUGACAUCAUCCAACUGGUGCAUUCGUCCAAAAACAAGUUCAUCAAGCAGAUCUUCCAAGCUGACGUUGCUAUGUUUCUAUGUGGCUAUUUGGAGCCCACUACAUCCCUUCAAAAGGGAGUGGAGACCAGAAAACGUUCCCCGACUCUCAGCAGUCAGUUUAAACGAUCGCUGGAGCUACUCAUGAGGACGCUGAGCGUCUGUCAGCCCUUUUUUGUGCGCUGUAUCAAACCCAAUGAACUCAAAAAGCCCAUGAUGUUUGAUAGAGGUCUGUGUGUCAGACAGUUACGCUACUCUGGCAUGAUGGAGACCAUUCGCAUACGCAGAGCCGGAUAUCCCAUUCGCUACACAUUCGCUGAGUUCGUGGACCGCUAUCGGGUCCUGAUGCCCGGGCUCAAACCCGCAUACAAACAGGAAGAUCUGCGAGGUACCUGUCAGAGAAUAGUUGUAUCGGUUCUGCAGAAAGACGAUGACUGGAAGAUAGGAAAGACCAAGAUCUUUCUGAAGGAUCAUCAUGACAUGCAGCUGGAAAUCGAAAGAGAUAAAGCCAUAACAGACAAGGUCAUUCUUAUCCAGAAGGUCACCAGGGGUUUAAAAGAACGAACAAACUUCCUAAAGGUUAAAAGAGCUGUGACAUUAAUCCAGAGGAUAUGGAGAGGCUACAUCUGCAGAAAACGCUACACUGCUAUGCAUGUUGGUUUCUUGCGGCUGCAGGCCUUGUACAGGUCACGAAAGCUGUACUUGGCAUAUCAAACAGCCAGAACACGCAUCACCCUGCUUAAGGCUCGUUGCCAUGGUUUCCUGGUGCGGAGAACGUUCUCCAAACGCUUCCGUGCAGUCCUGACCAUCCAGGCUUCUGCACGAGGAAUGAUCGCACGGAGAAUGUGUAAACGUCUGAGAGUAGAGAGGGAACGCCGGUUAGAGGCUGAAAGACAGCGGUUGGCUGAAGAGGAGCACUUGAGGAACCAGAUGACAGCACGCAGGGCUCGGGCAGAAGCAGAGAGGAAGCACCAGCAGCGUCUGGCCCAGCUCGAUCGAGAGCAGGAGGAGAGAGAGCAAGCGGAGCGAGAUGAGGCCCGCAAGAAAAAGGAGCUGCUGGAGCAGAUGGAGAGAGAGAAACAGGAACCGGUCAAUGACUCGGACAUGGUGGACAAGAUGUUCGGCUUUCUGGGCAAUGCCAACUCCCUCCCCAACCUGGAGGGUGAAGCUCCAGAAGGGUUUGAGGAUCUUGAGAAUGUUCCAGCACAGCUUGAGGAAGAUGUCAUCGAUGAGGCUCUUCAGCUUCCUGAUGAUGAAGAGGAAGACCUAUCAGAGUACACCUUUGCGAAGUUUGCCGCAACCUACUUUCAGGGAAAUUCCACUUAUACAUAUGUGCAGCGGCAACUGAAACAACCUCUGCUGUUUCACGAGGAUGAAGGAGAUCAGCUUGCGGCUCUGGCUGUUUGGAUUACAGUGUUGAGGUUUAUGGGAGAUCUCCCAGAACCCAAAUACCAUAUUAGUAUUAGUGAUGGCAGUGAGAAGAUUCCAGUUAUGACCAAGAUCUAUGAGACGUUAGGAAAAAGGACCUACAAACGAGAGCUGCAGGCCUUGCAGGUGGAUGAGGAGAGUUCCACUAGUGACAUCCGAAAGAGAAACAGUGUUCGGCAUAAGCUAGUGUCACUGACACUGAAGAGGAAAUCAAAGAUCACAGAGGAGGUGGCCAGACGGCUGACAGACAACGAUUACAUCCUACAAGGAAACAGUAUGCUAGAAGACAGGCCCACUUCCAAUUUAGAAAAGCUUCACUUUAUCAUUGGCAAUGGGAUUUUACGCCCCACCCUCAGAGAUGAGAUCUACUGUCAGAUCUGUAAACAGCUGACCCAGAACCCAUCUAAAAGCAGUCACGCCCGUGGCUGGAUUCUCCUGUCGCUCUGUGUCGGCUGCUUUGCUCCAUCUGAAAAAUGUGUCAAAUAUCUGCGGACGUUCAUUAACAGCGGGCCGCCUGAUUACGCACCGUACUGUGAGGAGAGACUGAGACGAACAUUUGUGAAUAAAACAAGAACUCAGCCUCCUUCUUGGCUCGAGCUACAGGCCACUAAAUCAAAAAAGCCCAUCAUGUUGCCAGUGACCUUCAUGGAUGGUACGACUAAGACCCUGCUCACAGACUCCGCCACCACAGCCGAAGAGCUCUGCAAUGCUCUGUCUGAUAAAAUUGGCUUGAAGGAUCGCUUUGGCUUCUCCUUAUACAUCGCUCUCUUUGACAAGGUGUCAUCUCUGGGCAGUGGAAAGGACCAAGUGAUGGAUGCUGUGUCACAGUGUGAACAAUAUGCUAAAGAACAGGGUGCACAGGAGCGAAACGCACCUUGGAGGCUGUUCUUCAGAAAGGAAAUAUUCACGCCCUGGCACAACCCCGCCGACGACAACGUGGCCACAAACCUCAUCUACCAGCAAAUUGUACGCGGGGUCAAAUUCGGGGAGUACCGGUGUGAUGGGGAAGAGGAUCUGAGCGAGCUGGCAUCUCAACAGUAUUAUGUGGACUACGGGUCAGAGAUUCAGCAGGACCGUCUUCUCAGCCUCAUUUCAUCCUACAUACCAGACAGAGAAAUUACAGCCUCCAAGACUGUGGAGAAAUGGGCCUUAAGUAUCAUUGCAGCUCACAAAAAGGGAAUCUACAUGCAGAAGAUGUUCGAUUCGCAGAGGGUUAAGGAGGAGGUGGUGGAUUUUGCUCGGUUUAAGUGGCCUUUGCUUUUUUCACGCUUCUACGAGGCCUUCAAAUUCUCAGGGCCUAGUCUCCCAAAGAAUGAUGUUAUAGUAGCAGUUAACUGGACCGGAGUCUACUUUGUGGAUGAGCAGGAGCAGGUUCUACUAGAUCUUUCUUUCCCAGAGAUCACUGCCGUCUCCAGCAGCAGAGGAGGAAAGCUGCAGGGACAGAGCUUCACUCUGGCCACUAUUAAAGGAGAUGAAUACACCUUUACAUCAAACAACGCAGAAGACAUCCGUGAUCUCGUCGUCACCUUUCUGGAGGGUCUCCGGUCGAGGUCAACAUUUGUGGUGGCGCUGGUGGACAGUCAUUACCUUUCUGAGCAAGACUCUUCAUUCCUGAGUUUCUCAAAGGGAGAUCUGAUCAUUCUGGAUGAUCAUACAGGAGAACAGGUCAUGACCUCAGGUUGGGCUCACGGGAUCAAUGACAGAACAAAGAAGAGAGGAGAUUUCCCAGCAGACUGUGUCUACGUGUUGCCCACCGUUACUAGGCCACAAUGUGACAUUGUGUCUCUGAUCACAAUGUCCCCAGAACAACGUAAGGAAUCUAUACGUGUAUCCCAUCAAAAUCUGCUGGACAGUGGAGAGAAAGUUCAACCUUACACACUGGAGGAGUUUUCCUACGAUCACUUCAGACCUCCUGGCAAGAGUACAUUAAGUCGUGUGAUAAUGACUAAAGGCAGAGGGAAAGAUAAACUGUGGUGCUGUACCAGAGAACCUCUCAAACAACCUUUGCUGAAGAAAGUACUCAGCCAUGAAGAGCUCUCGCAGGAGGCUUGCCAGGCCUUCAUUGCGAUCAUGAAGUACAUGGGCGACUAUCCCUCCAAGAGAAGUCGUUCGGUCAAUGAGCUCACCGAUCAGAUCUUUGAGGAAGCUCUGAAGGCCGAGCCGCUAAAGGACGAGAUCUUCUGCCAGAUCAUCAAGCAACUGACUGAGAAUCAUCUGAAGUACAGUGAGGAAAAGGGUUGGGAGCUGCUCUGGUUAUGCACCGGACUCUUUCCUCCCAGCAACAUGCUGUUUCCUCAUGUCCAAAAGUUCCUGCAAUCUAAAAAGCAUCAUCCUGUAGCCCCAGACUGCAUGCAGAGACUGCAAAAAGCCUUACGAAAUGGUUCCAGGAAGUAUCCGCCUCACCUUGUAGAAGUGGAUGCCAUUCAGCACAAAACCACUCAGAUCUUUCACAAAGUGUACUUUCCUGAUGACACGGAUGAGGCUUUUGAAGUUGAAUCAAGCACAAAAGCCAAAGAUUUCUGUCUGAACAUCGCCGGCAGGAUGAUGCUUCAGUCCUCUGAGGGAUUCAGUUUGUUUGUCAAAAUAUCUGACAAAGUGAUCAGUGUGCCCGAAGGAGAUUUCUUCUUUGACUUUGUUCGACAUCUGACAGACUGGAUCAAAAAAGCCAGAGCUGUGACAGAUGGCACAGUGCCUUCACUGACCUACCAGGUGUUCUUCAUGAAAAAACUAUGGACCAAUACUGUACCAGGAAAAGAUCCCAUGGCUGAUUCCAUCUUCCAUUACUUCCAGGAGCUCCCGAAGUACCUGCGUGGCUAUCACAAGUGCUCUCUUGAAGAGGCGUUCCAGCUGGCUGCUUUAAUUUACAGGGUGAGGUUUGAAGAGGACAAAACACAGUUAUCCAACCUCUCCAAGAUGCUGAAAGAGUUGGUUCCUCAGGACCUGAUACGACAGCUCUCGCCCGACGAUUGGAAACGGGCCAUUAUCACAUACUUCAAUAAACAUGCUGGCAAAUCUCGAGAGGAAGCAAAACUUAUGUUUCUAGAAAUCAUUUACAACUGGCCUACUUUUGGAUCUGCCUUUUUUGAAGUCAAGCAAUCCACAGAUCCAAAUUUCCCAGACGUCCUCUUGAUAGCAAUCAACAAGCUUGGUGUUACUCUCAUUGACCCCAAGACAAAGGACAUUUUGGGGACACAUCCUUUCACAAAAAUCUCCAACUGGAGUAGUGGACAUACCUAUUUUCAUAUAACCAUUGGUAACCUGGUUAGAGGAAGCAAGCUGCUGUGUGAAACAUCACUGGGAUAUAAGAUGGAUGAUCUUCUCACCUCUUACAUCAGUCAGAUGUUGACGACUAUGACCAAGCAGCGCAGUUCACAUGGAAGCAGCAAGUAGAAGAGACUUUCUGUGGUACACUGUUUAUUUACUGUACAAAAAUCCUAUGCAUGUAUUCUUUCAAUACCGUAGUAAUUCAUGCAGGAUUUAUAGAGAACUGGAAUAUUUAUUGGACACAGGUCCUACAGACUGAGCAGAGUUUUACUACAGAGAAGUUUUCACAAUUUCCUAGAAACAAGAUUUAAAAAUGAUGAUAAACUGAAUCUUUGUAGUAUUAUGACUUGUUCAUACUGCAGCCUUAAUUGUAAUUUAUGAGUUUUAAUUUCUAUUAUAGCAACAUUUAACGUCAAUGAAGAACAUGUUUAAUUAUAAUGAUCAGUCCUGAAUCAGACCUGAUUUAGGGGUUUCUGGUGAAUUGUUUUACUGUAUGUCUGGAUAAUUCUGACAUCUCAUUUUGCCAAUUAAAUACAUCAGAUCAGAAUGUUUUUAAAAUGUUUCAAUAUUUGAUUUUGCUACUUCAAAGACUACUUUAUAUUGAUCUUUGUCACAGUAUACAUUUAGGUCAUUUUCAAGCGGACAAUUUCUGUUUGAAUUUGAACUUAUUGGCACAUAAAUGUCACUUUAUUAGUAUUUAUAGUAUAUUUAAUAGUAUAACAUUUGAUUUGGUCUAUUAGAAUGCUUAUUGGGUUUUUGCUAAAUAUAAUUUCACAAUAUUUAAUCUUCAUAAAUGAUU